AUGUCAACGGAUGAUCACUUACCAGGUCAAAUAGUAGAUGAAACGCCGAUGGCUGGAGAAGUGCUAGCGAACAUCACCGUUGACAAGCUGGAGGACAGCGUGAAGAACUGGCUGAAGGAUCAAAACACUCAGACCCUCAACGGGGCCUUGGCCUUCGUGCCGUUCAUCCUGCAACAGGCCUAUUUCGAGGGCAACCUGGAUGAAAAGCAAAUCGUCAUCCACAAAGGAGCAGGAGGUGUGGUAUUCUCUGAUGCCAGCGGUUUUACCGCUCUUACAGAGAAGCUGGCGAAGAAGAGCAAUGGUGCUGAGCUGCUCUCGCAGUGUCUCACGGCUUUCUUCACGCCACUCAUAGACUUGAUUAAUGCUUAUCGCGGAGACACCAUAAAGUUCAGUGGAGACGCGCUGACCAUCUACUUUCCAUCUGUGGAUGACACAAAGUCGGCAGCAUUCAACGGCAUCGUGCCGCCUCACGGCAGCUUUGGCCUAGAUGACCUUGGCCCCAUGGCCACAUCGGUGUUGCGUGCGUCAGCAUGCUGUAUCGAAAUCCACAAGCGGCUACACAUGUUCGAGACAGGGGUGGAUGAUGUUCGCCUUUGUCUACACAUUGGCGUCGGCUGUGGAGAAAUUAGCAUCCUGCAGGUGGGUGGCGUCGUGCCUCCUGAGACUCAUAUCCCAAGGAUUGAGUACCUGAUCUCCGGCGCGCCGCUGGAGCAAAUCUCCAUUGCAGAGCCCCUGGCGAAGAACGGUGAGACAUGCCUCAGUCCGCAGGCGUGGGAGCUGGUCAAAGAGUGCGUCAUCGAAGGAAGGCCCUUGGAGGAUCGUAUGGAUUUUCACUUGCUCCUCAGAAUGGAUGAAUCCAAGUACACCUUCCCCACCAUCAAGUACGCCACACAGCUCUACGACUCGCGCCUCGAGAAUUGCUUCAAGCUUGAACAGCUCAACAUUACCAGGCGCUAUAUCCCCUCGGCUGUUUUCAAACAGAUCGAGUGCGGAACGCUCCAGUACGUGAAUGAGAUGCGCAACAUCUCCGUGAUUUUCAUCAACGGUUCCGGCCUGGAUGUGAUGUCCAACAACGGGCCCAAACAGGCGCAGGAGCUUAUGUCUUCCGUGCAAAAGAUAUGCUAUGCACAUGAAGGGACACUCAACAAGUUCCUGAUUGACGACAAGGGCAUGCUUUUCCUGCUGGUCUUCGGCCUGCCGCCACUAGUUCAUCCAGAUGAUCCAUCCCGAGCUGUCCUGGCCAGCAUGGAGCUGGUGCAGGUUUUCAAGCGAAUGGACCUCGUGGGUCGAUUUGGCGUUACCACUGGCCGCUCUUACUGCGGGGUUUGUGGCAGUGCCAAGCGCAUGGAGUACACAGUGCUGGGCGACUGUGUCAACCUGUCUGCACGGCUGAUGGCCAAUGCGCCUCCUCUGGGUGUGCUGACGGAUGAGGAGACAAGCAAGCACUCCACAGGUGAGGUUGUCUUCAAGGCCCUUGCGCCCAUCAAGGUCAAAGGAAAGGCCAACCCCAUUUCGAUUUUUCAGCCUAUGCCACGCGAGGCAGCUGGCGUGUGUGGCCUGACCAUAGAUCGGAAAAUCCGAUUCCCGUGGUACGACAAUCUUCUGGAUGGCUCGACCCUCACCUCAAAAGAUGCGGUGGCGACGGCAAAGGCCAAGGUUUCUCACCUUUGCUCCAUCCAGAAGUGGCCGCCCAAUGUGCGAGUGGCGGAGAUGCUGGGUGGCCCGUUCAACAAGGCGGUGCAUGCGCCAGAGCAAGCCGUGGGCUCCACGACGGUGGGCCGGGUGAAGGCGCCUUCCAACAGCCCGUUCGCGGAAGGAGGGCUGGUGGUCAUCGAGGGAGUUACAGGAGUGGGGAAGAUCGAGCUGGCUGAACAUAUUGUGACUCACUGCGCCAUGCAGUUCCAGACCAUGCCUGUUUUCGGCACCAUGGGCCCCAGGCCUGGGGAGUCGACGCGCAUGGCCAUCGAGCUGCUUCGGAGCACGGUUGCAGUGUACCGGACAACCAGCACCAGCAUUGCAUCGGAUGACGUGCAGGCGCUCGAGAAGAUCCUGCCGCCUCAGUAUGCGAGCAGCAUUGACGUGUUGAGGGACUUGCUCAUGGGCAGAGUACUUGCCGACACAGCGGCUGUUCUCGAAGUGGCAUUGAAGGUGAUCAUUUCUUUGCUCGCUGGAUUGCGCAACAAAACAGGAACUCUUGUCAUUCUGCAGUUCGAGCAGGGCACCAGCCUGUUCGAGAAGACUGCAAGAGAAGACCUUGCGAUCUUCUGGAGAUUCACCUCGGAGCUGAGUAUCCUUGUUGCAAAGGAGAAGUCCAUCUCUGGAUUGGUCAUAGUGCGCGAGGCCAACCACGAGCAGCAGUGCGUGAAGGAUGCAAUCGCAUCAGGGACCUUGCUUUCACUCCGUGGUCUUAAUGAAGAGCACAUCCUGGAGUACAUGGCAAAUUACCUGGGCAUUCCAGAAGAAGCCGUUCCGCCACCACUGAGACGUUUCGUAUCACAGGUCACAAUGGGCAAUCCGCUCUACAUCCGAGAGACAUUGGACCAGCUGAUAGAGGAGGGAAGUCUCAAGGUGAAGGCGGGUUCUUCAGCAAUACUCAGCGCAGCCUUGGACAAGAUAGACAUUGCAGCCUGGAACCACACUGCCAUGGUUGGCGGCACUGUCUGUAAUAUCGAGUCCUUGGAUCCCAUUGAGAUGGCGGCGCUGAAGAUGUCCACCUGCUUCGAGGGACCCUUCACCCUCCCGGACCUGGCGGCAAGUACCUGCUCGCAAUGGGGCGGCUCAACUCACUUCGACUUGUUGCGACUCUUCCGAGCAACAAGGAAGCUGGUGAGCAGAGGCUUUAUUGACAAGGUGUCGCCUCCCACCAGAGACUCGCCUCGGCAUAGCCUGGGCAGCGGACAAAACUUUGGGGACUUUGGACACUAG